CUUUUUGAGAAAAAUCGAAAAAGAGAAUCCCAAACAAAGUGUGAGAGAGGGAAAGAAAUCAAGAUCAGGAUCCAAAGGAAUGAUCCGUCCCUUUCCAUUAUUCCUCUUCACCACGCUUCAAUCGUUGACAAAGAAACCAUGAACAAAUAAUCACUUCUGGUCUUCUCCUCCCUCAAUUUCAUUCAUUACUACUUCAAACACUACUAAGCUAAAAUGGGGAGCUUAUUAUAUCAAGCACUAUCAUCAACAGCACUUAUCUCAUUAGGUCUUUACCAUCUAAUCUUCACAACCCUAAACUAUCUCAAAUCCCCACACACCUACACAUCCAAACCCUACCACCCACUCCCUUCAACAAACCACCCUCGUCUCCGCCCAAUUCAACUCUACUUCAUAAUCUUCUCUCUCUCCAUCGCCAUCUUUCACCACCUCAUCCUCGCCACCGAUUCCGAUCCUCUAAUCAAAGGCUCAACCCCCGUCCACCGUCUCACUUCUCUCCAAUCCGCCUCCCUCCUUUUCCUCUUCUUAAUUCUCUCAAUCUCUCUCCUCCUCCCUCUCCGUCUCCCUCACGACUUCUCUUUCUCUCUCCUCUCUCUUCUCUUCCUCCUCCAUUCUUCUCUCCAAACCUCUCUCUCUUCUCUCCAAACCUCUUCCCUCGAAGCCAAAUGCGAUUCAAUCUCAUCAACUCUCUCCGCACUCUCUUCCUUCCUCUGUUUAAUCCUCGCUUGUUUCCCUCGUCUUUACCCCGCUGAUGCUGCUCUCGCCUCUACCUUUUGUUUACGUGGACUCUGGGCGCUUCAAACCGGUUUAAUUCUUUACGCUGAACCGUUUAUUCCGGAAGGAUGUCAUCGCCUUCUUGAUGUUGUUAAUGGUGUUGAAGGUUCGACUCAAUGUGAUCUUGACGAGUCUAAGUUUCGUGCUCUAGCGAUUCUUGAUCUAGCUUUUGUUGUUCAUGUUAUGUUGGUUAUGAUUAUUGUUUUGGUUACUUAUGCUCUUGUUAAUGCUACUGUUGGUGGUGUUAGAAGAGUUGGAUCUUAUGAAGCUUUGCCUACUUCUUCGGCUACGCCUACCGAUUCUAAUCAUAUUCAGAUGAAAGCUUUGGCUGGAACACAGGCUUGAAUCUUACUCUUUACUCUUAUUAGGAGGUUCUUAAUUUUUUCAGAUUUAUUUGGUUUUGAUUGUUGUCGUAGGGUAUGAUAUGUGAUUUUGAGCAGAGUUACUUACAGUGUGUUUUUAAUUGAUAUUAUUAUCGGAAAAUGUAGGGACUUUGUGAAUAUACAUCGAAUGAUUAUUUCAUGAGAAUUAAUGAGAUCAUAGUGUAGUUUCUGUUUA